CAGAUGGUGCCCUUCAUCAGCCAAAACAAUGGACCGCUUUGCAAGGGGGUGAUUUAUAUACAUCCGAUUCUUGAAAUUAUAAACUUUUGCUAAAUUACACAGCACAUCUGUGACUUUGAUAAGACAAACUAGCUAUUCCGGAUUGUUGUUCCGCAUGAUUGAGAAAACCCGUGAGAUUUCAGGCUUCACUGUGGAUAAGCAUCCAUCCAUGCAGUGCCUGCCUGUGCGCAGGCUGCCUGCACACCACAUCACUCUGAACCCCUUGCAGUAUAGAGGAGAAGCAGAGCCCACUGCUGCUGAUCUCCGACAUGGCGAAAGAAGGAGCACACAUGACAGAGGAAACCGAGUUUAUGAUAGACAAAAAUGUGGGGAAAGAAACAGAAAAAGUAGAAUCGUCCAGCGAUGCCAAAGAGAUGCGAGCCGUGAUUCUGGCAGGUUUUGGAGGUCUCAACAAACUCAGGGUAACCAAGAAGCCAAUGCCCGAGCUUCAGGAGGGAGAAGUGAAGAUCCGCGUCAAAGCAUGUGGAUUGAAUUUUCUGGACCUGAUGGUGCGUCAGGGAACGAUUGAUAACCCUCCUAAACCUCCUCUUGUGCCUGGGUUUGAAGUCUCUGGAAUAGUAGAAUCAGUGGCUGAAAACACAACAGGAUUUGAGAUUGGUGACAGAGUUAUGGCUUUUGUGAAUUACAAUGCCUGGGCAGAGGUUGUUUGCACACCAGUGGAUUUUGUCUACAAGAUGCCGGAUGAAAUGACUUUUUCAGAAGCUGCUGCGUUCUCCCUCAACUUUGUGACUGCUUAUAUGAUGCUGUUUGAAGUGGCCAAUCUGCGAGAGGGGAUGUCCGUGUUGGUUCACUCAGCAGGAGGGUCUGUAGGACAGGCUGUUGCUCAGCUGUGUUCGACUGUACCUAAUGUCACUGUGUUUGGCAUCGCCUCAAGUUCCAAACACGCGGCCAUCAGAGACUCGGUGACUCACCUCUUCGACAGAAACGUGGAUUAUAUGCAAGAAAUCAAAAAGAUUUCUCCAGAGGGAGUGGACAUCAUGUUGGACAGCCUGUGUGGGGAGAACACAGUGAAAGGCUUAAGUCUGCUGAGGCCUUUGGGAACUUACAUCCUCUAUGGCGCGUCAAACAUGGUAACUGGGGAGACAAAGAGUUUCUUCAGCUUUGCAAAAUCUUGGUGGCAGGUGGAGAAGGUGAACCCUAUUAAACUGUACGAGGAGAACAAAAUAAUGGCCGGAUUUUCGCUCCUCAACCUCCUCUUCAAGCACGGGAAAUGUAGUCUUGUGAAAUCAGUGAUGGACAAACUCUUGUGUCUCUAUGACCAAAAGAAGAUAAGGCCUGUAGUGGACUCCCUGUGGGCGCUGGAGGAGGUCAAAGAGGCCAUGCAGAGGAUUCACGACAGAGUAAACGUAGGAAAACUUAUUCUGGAUGUUGAGAAGACUCCAACGCCUCUGAUGGCCAAUGAUAGCACAGAGACCAGUGAAGCAGGAGAGGAAGAAGAAGAGCCCGAGGGAGACAACGACAGCAAGGAGCGAAUGCCUUUCAUCCAUUAAACCCAACAUUACAACACAACCAGAGAGACUGAAGAGAUUCACCACAGGGGAACACAACCCCACACACUCACAGCUGUAUGUGUGUGUGUGUGUGUGUCUGUGUUAGUGUGUGUGUGCGUGUGUGCGUGUUUGUGUGUGUGUGUGUGUGUGUGUGUGUGUGUGUGUGUGUGUGUGUGUGUGUGUGAAUGAAUGCAAGUAUGCAUGUGUGCAUGAUUGUAUGUUUGUGCAGAAAAUGUUUUGGCCUCUUGUCUGUAUUUUUUUCUCCGUUGAUUGUCAAGCAGCAUAUUUGGGUAAAUGAAGACUGGAGUCUUUAAUCAUGAAUGAAUACUAUGCUACGGCUUUGUGUCCAUUUUACAGUCGAUUGUUUGCCAACUCUUAAGUGGAUUGGACACAGAUCAAAUAAGCAUUACAACCUGCUGACUCGCUCAAAUCCCUUCAAGGUUAGCACCCUUAAAAAGAGAUUCGAUAGAAGAACGAAACCACAACAUGAGUCCUCGAUGAUUUUCUAACGCUCCAGAAAGUGUUUCUACUUUGCAUCGAUAUUUGCAUGGUAUUUUAGUCUUGGUUGCCAGUUAUGUAUUAAUAUGGGAUCACUAGUGCCUUUUAGCUGCAAACACGUGUUUGAUACUUGAACUGCUUUCCAUGUGUGAAGUUUGCGACCAACAAACAAACAAAAACUGUGUUUAACUGGAGUCUGAUGAAAACUGUCAUAGCUGCUUUCUUGUCUGAAUAUAGAGUUUGUAUUGAAGUAAAUCUGAAGUGUCACCAUAGCUCUCUUCAUGAAGUUACUUAUUGUACGGAUUUUCCCAACAUAACUUUAUAUCAGGAACUUUUUCUUAAAUGCAGUACAUGCAGGACAAGUGUUUACCUUCAGGCCACCACAGUCUCAGUGGAGAUCCGUCGGGUCGAAUUCAUACUAGUUAAAAUCCUGCAUCAUUACAUGUUAAUGCAAGACAACAUGGAUAAAUCUGUAAACUGUGGAUCUGGUCACACAGAUGCAGUCUAAGCUUGUGGAGUCUCUGCUCGGCUUGUUCUGACUGAAGUUGUUUACUAGCUGGUGCCUCACAACAGAAGUGCCAUAAGACUCCAAUUUAGACUCAUUUUGCAACACGCUAGUGUUUGAAGACAAGUGAUUCACAUCCAUACGUUCAUUUUCAUAUAAUCCUCUGCUCUGCUCCACAUGUGCAAGUUGUUGAAAUGCACACUAGUACUACCUUUGGGUUUCAUUUCCACUUCAUCAAGUUCAGUGAAUUAUUUAUCACUUGAAUUAUUAAAUAUAAAACCAGAAGUAUUUCCUCCACUAUUAAAACAACAACACAAGCUUUUCAUUUCAUUAUCAGGUCGUAUUUGAUAAGUAGAUAAUGAAUCAUCAUCAGUAGUUCACACUCCAAGCUCUGAAGCUGAUUGAUACACAGUGAAACAAUGUCAAUAGAUUGUUUAGAUGUAGGAAUUGAUUUCUAGACUUAAGAAUAGGGGUAAUGAUGAGUAGACACUUUGGAAAUCGCAUGUCGAUUUUGAUGCCUUUAAUGUCAGGUUUGUUGUGUUUGUGUAUGUGUGCGUGUGUGUGUGUGUGUUAGAGAGAGAGAGAGUGCAUGUAUUGAGUGUGUGAAUUCAUAUUGACUGAAAAAAAAAAGUCUAGCGUUGUAGUGAGUUCACACAAUUCCUUAAAAAGACGGUUUACCUGUGGUCGUAUAUUUUUGUCACAUUUUUUCUUGUGUACUUGUUUUUUGAGUACAGCUCUGUUUACUUGAAUAAAUUGGACUGCAAGUUG